AUGCGUUUGUUCUCAGGUGAAAAACCUCACAAGUGUCAAGUAUGCGGCAAAGCCUUUAGUCAAUCUUCGAACCUAAUCACUCAUUCGCGGAAGCAUACCGGUUUUAAACCUUUUGCCUGUGAACUCUGCGGCAGAGCCUUUCAACGCAAGGUAGAUUUACGAAGACACAGGGAAACACAGCAUGCGGAUCUGCGCAACGCUCAGCAUAUGCCAUCACAUACUGAUGUCCAUGCCAUGCACCCGGAUAUGCAUGUCUCGGAUCAUAGGAUAGAUCUUCGCACCACUCACCCAGAGCACAUUCGUCCCGACUACCGCGCUCUCAGUACCUCUGUACCGCCUCUACAGCCUCUUCCUUCUUGA